AUGAAGUUUCUCCUUCCCCUUCUCGCUCUCUUGCCCGCCGCCCUUGGAAACUCUGAGAUCGAACAUCGCCGUGACCAGCAGCUCGAGAGCCUUUGGGACAUCCAAUACCACGGCCUUGCUUACGACGUCGACUCUGGACUCUUCACGGUGACAUUUGAACACGGCGCCGCAGCCGGAGGAGCCGCCUUGGAGAUUUAUACUGCAACUGCUUCGCCAACAGGUUCGGCUGUUGAAACGUGCAAAACUAACGGCGGCGCCAUCGAUACCACUGCUGGCUUUUUGCAACAACAAGCCUUCUCACCUUUUGCGCAAAGUGGCCCAGAUCAAUCCACCUUCGUAUUUGCGCUUGACCCCUCGGUGGACAGUAAUGGCAACGUUUACAUCCCUGACGCGGGUGAUCCGAGUCUAGGCGCCACGGUGAAGUUUUGUCUCCUGUUCGGACUCACGGACAGUGCCACCUCAAAUCAGCCAGGUCAAAUAAUCACCUUCCUUGAAGUCGGAAUUACGAUCGUUGUCGACUUGCAGGGCGAGUUCACUGUUGCGAGUUUCAACACACUGGCGAUGAACCCUACGGCCGAUGGUGAAAAUGUUGACUACGAAAUCGAUGCCUACGGUUGUCCCGGACAAGGCCAGCUCGGUCCUCCCUACAACCAGCUGGAUGCCAUCCCCAUUUGUAUCUGUCCUAAAUUCACCAGCGGCACUGACGCGAACGGCAACCCUCUUUCCGCCGCCAACCCAGCGGGCGUCACCACGGUUGCCUCCGUGGAGCUCUUGCAGUUCGCGGCUAUCAGUGGACCUGCAGCUGCCGGAAGUGGCACUGGACAGACCGUCAUAUCCGGAGGAGAUGACCAGACUGCGGCCAUCGCGACAGUCUGCAACCCCCAAGGUGGCAACCCACAGACCGUCGGAGCCCCUGUUUAUUGCUGCAAGGUUGAUGUCUUGCUCAAAUCGGAUUUCUACCCGGACAACGACGACCCCGCUGGCAAAUCUGAAGUGGAAGCCAGUGGCACAGCCGUCUUGCAAUUCGGUACUCGUCGUAAAUUGGUCCACAUCAGGAGCCGUGACCUCGAGACCGAAGAAGGACAAGGCAGUUUCCAAGCCGAAUUCGAGCUUGCGGCUGAAACAGUGGACACGCUGAUAGGAUGA